UCCAUUUCAUUUUUAUUUCAUUCCACAACACUCCUCAUUUUUUCUGUUAAUUCAACAGAUAAGAGAAGAUAUUGAGAGAGAGAAAGGUUGAUUAGGUGAUACUUGAUCUUGAUCAACAACCAUGCCUGCUGGGGGUUUCGCGUCCGUGCGACCGGCCGGAGUGGAGUUUGAGGCGAAGAUCACUCCGAUAGUCAUAAUUUCCUGCAUAAUGGCGGCCACAGGCGGCCUCAUGUUUGGCUACGAUGUCGGUAUCUCAGGUGGAGUUACAUCCAUGCCCGAUUUCUUGAAAAAGUUCUUCCCAGUUGUUUAUGAGAAAACCAAUGAUCCAACAAUUAAUAGCAACUAUUGCAAAUAUGAUAAUCAAGGACUACAACUGUUCACAUCGUCACUGUACCUUGCUGGACUAAUAGCUACUUUCUUUGCCUCAUACACCACUAGAAACUUUGGCCGGAGGCCAACCAUGCUUAUUGCUGGGGUUUUCUUCAUUGUGGGUGUCGUGCUUAAUGCCGCUGCUGAAAACCUUGCCAUGCUCAUCAUUGGCAGGAUUUUAUUGGGUUGCGGUGUUGGCUUUGCUAAUCAGGCUGUGCCUCUUUUCUUGUCCGAGAUAGCACCCACAAGAAUCCGUGGUGGACUUAACAUCCUGUUCCAGCUUAAUGUCACCAUUGGCAUACUUCUUGCUAACCUAAUCAACUAUGGCACCGCUAAAAUCAAAGCAGGAUGGGGUUGGAGGCUAUCAUUAGGAUUGGCUGGCAUUCCCGCUGGUCUCCUUACUCUUGGGGCGCUCCUGGUGGUGGAAACACCUAACAGCCUCAUUGAGCGAGGUCUCUUGGAAGAAGGAAAAGCUGUGCUCAGAAAGAUUCGAGGCACCGACAAGAUCGAACCUGAGUUCCUAGAACUUGCCGAGGCAAGUCGAAUUGCAAAAGAAGUAAAGCACCCUUUCAGAAAUCUUCUCAAGAGGAGGAAUCGACCUCAACUGGUCAUUGCAGUUGCCUUGCAGAUAUUCCAGCAAUUCACAGGCAUCAAUGCAAUCAUGUUUUAUGCUCCAGUGCUAUUUGAUACUGUUGGAUUUGGCAGUGAUGCUUCCCUCUACUCAGCUGUCAUUACUGGUGCUGUCAACGUGAUCUCCACUCUUGUGUCUGUAUACUCUGUCGACAAAUUGGGUCGUCGAAAGCUCCUGCUCGAGGCUGGUGUCCAAAUGUUCAUCUCUCAAGUGGUAGUGGCAAUUGUUCUAGGUAUCAAGGUUAAAGACCACUCUGAAGACCUUCAAAAAGGUUUCGCAAUCCUUGUGGUUGUCAUGGUAUGUGUUUUCGUUUCUGGGUUUGCUUGGUCUUGGGGGCCUCUUGGUUGGCUAAUCCCCAGUGAGAUCUUCCCAUUAGAAACCCGCUCGGCUGGGCAGAGUGUGACCGUUUGUGUCAACUUGCUCUUCACUUUUGUAAUAGCACAAGCUUUCCUCUCCAUGCUUUGCCAUUUCAAGUGGGGGAUUUUCUUGUUCUUCUCUGGCUGGGUUUUGAUCAUGUCAAUCUUUGUGCUAUUUCUGGUUCCGGAGACCAAAAACAUACCUAUUGAAGAGAUGACUGAGAGAGUAUGGAAGAAACAUUGGUUUUGGAAGAGAUUUAUUGAUGACAAUGAAGAUGAAGAAGUAGGCACCAAUGGAAAAGACUCGAAGAAGAGUGGCCAUUCUAAUGGAUUUGAUCCUGCUUCCCAGUUGUAAAUUGGAGGGCUUUUACGAAACAUUGUUACACAUCCAUAUAUACACACACAUAUAUAUGGAUUGAAUAUGCACGAGAUAGUGAAUAGCACAAAAUCUUUUUUUAUAGUAUAUUCUUAGUUUUAUGAGAGAGGGAGGGAAUCCCACUUUACACUUUGUGCAA